AUGAGAACGGUAGUUGACCAAAACGAGGCAGACAUAUCGAACGAACUGAGACGAUUUUGGGAACUAGAGCAUAUGGGUAUACAAACAAAGGAUACGGUUUGCGACAAGGUAAACGACACUAUCGUGCGAGAGUUCGAAGCAAAGAUAAAGCACAAUGAAGACGGAAGGUACGAGGUACACAUACCGUGGAAAACCAGUGAUCCGUGUUUGCCAAGAAACAAGCGAACUGCAGAGGAGAGACUGAACUCGUUAACGAAAAGGCUUUUGAAGAACCAGCACGUCAUGAUGGAGUACGACACCACUAUUCGGCAAUAUUUGAAUGACGGACACGCUGAGAGAGUUGAUAUCAAAGCAAACGCCGACGGACCAGUCUUCUACCUGCCUCAUCGAGCUGUAUUUAGACCUGACAAAGCAAGUACUAAAGUGCGCAUCGUGUUUGACGCUUCGUCCAGUGCUUCGGACUGCCCUUCGUUGAAUGACUGCCUGGAGGUUGGACCAAACCUGAAUCCUGAUCUCCUGGCAACAAUUCUAAGAUUCCGUAAGCACAGUGUUGCCGUUACAGCCGACAUUGAGAAAGCAUUCUUGCAAAUUUCUCUUAAUCCGAACGACAGAGACGCUUUCAGAUUCAUGUGGUACACUUUCAUGCCGGAGAGCGGAAGACCACUGUCCGAGAUUGAGGUUUGGAGAAUGACGAGGGUGCCCUUUGGUGCCGCCUCCAGCCCGUUCCUUCUUGCAGCAACACUUCGUUAUCAUUUCAACUUAAUGUCUAGCACGUACCCCGAAACCUACAGGAAACUAACGGACGGCUUCUAUGUGGAUGACUUUGUGACUAGCGUCAGGUCAAGAGAAGAGGCUGAAAUUCUGCACGAUGAGGCAAAUAAAGUUCUUUCGGCUGCUGGCAUGCAUAUAAGGAAGUGGGCGACGAACGACAGUGAGCUACAGGUAUCGUUCAGGACUAAAAACAAAGACAACAGUCAGGUGAAAAAGGUCUUGGGCAUUGUUUGGAACACGACAAAUGACGUCCUGUCACCUCCAAUGGACUCAUUGGACCAGUUCCUGACAAAGAAAAGAGACACGAAGAGAUGUUUACUUCAAGUUAGUGCACGAAUAUACGACCCUCUCGGCAUUCUCUCUGCCUACACAGUCAAGGCAAAAAUACUAAGUCAACGAGCGUGGGAAUUGGGCAUCGGAUGGGACGACGAGCUACCCGAACACAUCGGUAAAGAGUGGCAACAGCGGUGCAAGGGAAUUCCAUUUCUACCAAAGAUCACUGUGCCAAGGGCAAUCACAGACGAUGACUCAGUUGUGUCCCGAAGUAUUCAUUGCUUCUGCGAUGCGAGCCAGCAAGCGUACGGUGCAGUGCUGCAUCUGCGCACAGUGUACGAAGAUGGAAGCAUAAAUGUCGUUAUCGUGGCUGCUAAAUCGAGAGUUGCCCCACUAAAGCGAGUUUCACUCCCAAGACUUGAACUUUUGGGUGCUCUUGUGGGUGCUAGGCUUACUCACCACGUGACAGCAACUUUGAACUACGAAGGCCUCACCAUGCGGUAUUGGACCGAUUCGACCGUGGUUCUUCACUGGGUAAAAGGAAGCGCUAGUAGAUGGAAACCCUUUGUUGCCAACCGCGUCACCGAGAUUCAAAGUAUGUGCAACCCUUCAGACUGGCAUCACUGUCCAGGUGAAUCUAAUCCAGCUGAUCUGCUGACAAGAGGAGUGCUGCCCGACAUGCUCAUGAAAGACGACUUCUGGUGGAAGGGACCUGAGUGGCUCAACAAUGAAGAGGCCCUCUGGCCGAAAUUCGAAGUUGACACUUUGGAGCUUCCUGAAACAACAUCGCGAGAGGAAAGAAAAAACGCAACAGCGAUGAUGGCGACGGAUGCCCAUGUUAGCACGCCACUCCUCACUCUUGAGAACCACAGUUCUCUUCUGACUGUGCUUCGAAUCACCGCGUGGAUCAAGCGUUUUAUUCACAACUGUCGACAGAAAGAUGCUAGGAUUUCUGGCCCGCUAAAUGCGGCCGAAAUCCAAAGUUCGCUGAGACAAUGGAUCCGCCAGGUGCAGAGGGAAAGCUUUCCAGGAGAACUGGAGAUACUAUCAUCGGACAAAAACACUGUCGGCGAAACGUCUCCACUACGAACCCUGUCACCCUACGUGGACAAGGAUCAAAUAAUGCGCUUGCGAGGAAGGCUGCAACAGCGCGAUGCCGAGGCAGCAGUUAAGCAUCCCAUAAUUCUUCCCAAGGAUCACGACUUCACUUCGAAACUCAUCACGCAAGAGCAUUUGCGACUUCUGCAUGGAGGUGUUAGAGACACCUUAGUGCAGCUCCGUGAAUCCAAUUGGAUACUGAGAGGAAGGCAAGCAGUCAAACGAGCUAUUCAUCAAUGUUUGACCUGUCGGAAAUGGCGAUCCAAGCCAGCGGAUGAGGCAAUGGCACCACUACCACGCGACCGUGUGACAGAGGCAGAACCAUUUGUUGUAUCUGGGAUUGACUUCGCCGGACCUUUGUUCUAUAAAACUGAGACCGGAAGUAGCAAGGCAUACAUAGUUCUGUUCACGUGUGCCGUAACUAGAGCCGUGCACCUCGAAUUGGUAACCGAUCUAACAGCAGCCACUUUUCUAUUGACUUUCCGUGGAUUUAUUUCCAGGAGAGGGAUAUGCCACACUGUGUACACAGAUAAUGCCCUCACUUUCAAACACGCAUCGAAAGACCUUAAACAGCUCUGGACCGAAAUGCGAGGCGGCGAAGUACAGGACUAUUUCUCUGGGACGCAGAUAACUUUGAAAUUUAUCGUUGAGAGAGCAGCGUGGUGGGGCGGAUUCUGGGAACGGAUGGUGCGCACCGUCAAAACGACUCUCCGGAAAGUCCUAGGCACAAGUAGCUUGACGCUUGACCAACUAACAACGCUACUCACAGAGGUAGAAGCCAUGGUGAACUCUAGGCCCAUCUCCUUCGUCUACUCGGACAGCAACGAACCCGAUCCCUUGUCACCGGCCCACUUCCUAGUCGGUAAGCAUAUAACCCGACUGUCUGACCAGCCUACUGUCUAA